CUCUCUCUAAGCGCCCAUCGCCGUUAUAUUUAGAAUUGACCAUAUGAUGGCGAAUGACAAUUUGAAACGUGAGGAGAAUCCACCUGAUGCUACUUCCCUGUCACACAAUAAUGAAGAACUUGACUCCCAUAUUGUGAAUGAAGGUACUGACUUUUCUAGGACCUUUCAUGAUCAUAAUGGCACAGGAGCUAAUACCAUGGCCUUCCCACAUAAACUGCUGCCAUUUUUUCCCCUUCCUUGUGGAGAUAGUCCUCAACUUUGCUCUCAGGAAAUGCCGCAGACUGGUACUAGUUUUCUGACUGAUGUCUCCCAAUUCAACAACACUCAAAAUCCCAAGAUUGACCAUAAUUUCACAUAUGGGAAUGGUAAUGACCCCCUUCUAUGCAGGCCAAUGUCAGACUUGUCAUCGUUUGGAGGGAACAUGAACAAAUUAUCUCCAUUUUCCUGUUAUGAUAGUUCAGGGUCUCUCAAUAAUGUAAGGAAUGCUUAUGUCAAUAGUUUACAGAAGCCUCAAAUUGACCGGAAACUUGAAAAUAUGAGCAGUAGUUCAGCAGGAGUUAUACAAAUGAUCACGCAGGAUGGAGAAGCAACUGACAGUAGUAUCUGUAUGCCUCAACUUAGAAGCAAUUUCAUAAACCAUGGAGUUAGCAAGCCUGUAUUAAGCCAUAACCCAGAUGGUGAAGAACUAGGAAUUAAAAACAGUGUCAUGAUCAGUGGUGUUGAAUCCAAUUAUACAGAAAACCUUGAUGGGAGUUUCCUGAACCUUGGCGUUGGAGGUAAUACAGAGGCUAUAUCUCAAUCUAUUGUCUCUGACCGAAACAUCACUGGUAGUACUGGACGGGUUAUUCCUCCUCAAUUCAAUACUUCUCUCACUCAAAAGGUAAAGAGUAGUUCAUUGAAUCAUGGUCUGAACAAGGUUGGCCUUAUUUCUAGUUUUCAGAACAAUGUAGGAGGAAUGCCUACUCUAGUGCACAAUGUGGGUGGUUCAACCUCUUGCAAUAAUGAUCUUGAAGUUAUGUCUGCUACAAGCACUGGGUGUAGUUCAAGUCCUUCAUGUGUCUUACAAACACCACGAAUUGAUAAGCUACAUCAUGUUUCAACCUCAAGAAACAUGAACUUAGGUCUUGGAGUCAGAGGGAACUGGGAUGCAAGAUUUUCAAAUGUUGAUCCUAAUCAUGAAGUUCAAGGUUAUCCGGUCAUAUCUACAAAACCACUCGUCAGCAGUCAACCUGGGAUGCCAGAUCCUGGACAGGGCUGGGCGACUGGGCUGCCAUUGUUACCUUCUUUGAUCAGGAGUACCACUCAACCAGCUUCUGACCAUCCAUUGAAAUGUUAUCUGGAAUCUUCCAUUGCUUCUCCUUCUACUGGUCUCGCAGGAAGCACCCCCAUGCAAGGCAAGUCAGGUCGUCUUGGUCGACCAAAAGCCAUUGGUCCUGUUCAGUUUUCAAAAAUUGAACCUGCUUCUACUACUGGUCAAGGAAUACCAGGGUAUGAGAGAAAUUUGACUGCUCAGACUUCUAGUGACCUUGUUGGACCAUCUCUUAAGAGGAGUGCGACUGGACUCCUCGCAGCUGCUAUCCCGUCUCGUCGCAGAAAGACCAGAAAACCUAGACCUUCCAUUCCUCCAUCCGUGCCAACUUUGUCCCCGAGUAUUCCAUCACUCCCAAACCUGGCUCAGACUGCUUCUGCUCCACCACCUCCCCAGAUAACUUCAGCCCCAUCUUGUCUGCCCCAUCCUGGGACUAUUGUUUCUUCCCAACUAAACAAAGCUCCUCCUCUACCACCCCUACCUCAGACAACAGCUUCCCAUAUAAAAUGGAAAGGCUUCAAUCAAACUCCUCAACCAAUUGGAGGGAAGUGUUUUUUAUGCAAGAGGAAUCUCUCGUUCACGCCGGAUGGCCCUUUUUUCCAGCCAGCUAAUCCUCCGGCUGCUGCCGUUUUACCAUGUACCCACACCUUUCAUGAGCACUGCUUGCAGCUUAUCACCCCUGAAGACCAAGCUAGUAAUCCUCCAUGCAUUCCUUGUGCCAUUGGUGAGAGUUAAUGCCAAUGUGCUUUAGCAUUUGGUUAAUUCCCAAAUGUGAUCUUUGGUCUCUAAAUUUUGUUAGCAUUCGGCAUAUAAAUUUUCUAGAGAAAAUUUACUGAAUGAAGUAGGUGAAAUCCAUAACUGUACAUUUCUCACUUGAGGGUUCUUAGUAUGGUCCAUAUAUAGGUUUUGCAAGUAGUUAGACCAUUGGUUUUGCAAAGUAGUUAGGCCAUUCUCUCUAGUAAACACCAUUUUACCAUAAUUGAUAGGUCCUUUUUGAAUUGGAAGUUCAAAGCAUACACUUUGCCAUCAGAUUCUCUCUUAUCUUGCUUGUAAAUGGAAAGAAUGUAUCAGGGCUUGUUUACAAUUUCUAUCAGUUCAUAGUUUUUGUUAGAUUGUUGCCUUUG